GAUAAAGACACACACACACACACUCUCUCCGACGCGUGCUGAGUGCAGGAAUCACAAACAUAACGACACACAGAAGGGCUAGCGCGUGACGCCAGCAACCGUUGUCUCUCUUUCUCUCUCUCUCUCCCUCUCUCACUCUCUCUCUCUCACACACAAACACACUCCGUCUCUCACGCCUCUCAGACACACACACAUCAGAGCUCGAGCCAGAGAGCAGGACAGCGCUGGACGUGUCAUUCACAUAGGGAAUUGAUCUAAAGAAAAGGAUUAACUAUUUCCAUCCCUCGGACCUCAUCCUCUCUAAGCCUCUCUUCACCUCGUUUUUUCCCACAAUCCCGUAUUUUUUUUUUCUACACAAUCCCUCCUUUUUCCCACUAUUCAUUGGUGGGUUUAAGGGGAAGCUGGAGGAGAUUGUCUAUACCAAAGGCGGAUUAUUCUUGUAUUUGGAUCGUGAAUGUAUGGAUUUCUUGAACUGAAGUGGAGACAGUUUUUCUUCUUUGAGAUUCCUGAUCUUUUUUUUGAUUUAUUCUGGAACAAUUUGGGGUUAUAGAUGGCUGUUUGUAGAAAUCUAUAAAGCGGCUGCCACCUGAAAUAUUUAGUCAAAGGUGCUUUGGUGUAGCUCUUCACAGUAGCCGCCCUAGUGGAGGCUGCAGGCAUGGCGGCUUGACGUCCCUCAUAGCCCCGCCCCUCCGACAGAGGAAGGCUGCAGCAGAGCUCUGUGUCAUGCCCCCCCACAUCCACCCCCCUGGGGGCAUCGGCCUGCCCCCACCCGGCUCCACCAACCACAACCUGACCAGACCUGUCUUCCUCUGCGUCCUAUGCCUCCUGGCGUUGCUGCUGCCCUCAGCCUCCUCCUGCCCUCCUCCCUGUCUCUGCUACUCAGACGGCCUGCUGGAUUGUGGGGGCCGGGGUCUCUCCUCCUUGCCGCCCCUUCACCUCCUGCCCCCAGGGAGCCGAUCCCUCCUGCUGGCCAACAACAAGCUCGCUUUGCUGGGAGCGUCUGCCUUCGCUAACCUCUCCUCAUUGGAGGAGCUGGACCUCUCUAAUAACUACCUGGAUAAUUUACCAGCCGGAUUAUUCAGAGACAUGUCCAACCUGACAAGACUGACUCUGCACAACAACUCACUGACAGGAAUGGACAGAGAACUCUUCCAGGGUUUAGGGGGUCUCCAGAGUCUGGAUUUGUCUCUAAAUGGUCUGUCCUCUGUACCUCUGGGGGUGCUGGAUGAGCUGCAGAGCCUCAGGUGGUUGUCUCUAGCGGGUAACAGACUUCACGGUUUGGAGAGGGCAGCGUUUGAGCCACUCGCCAACCUGCAACACCUGGAACUGGGACACAACCCCUGGGAAUGCGACUGCAACCUCCGCGAUUUCAAACACUGGAUGGAGUGGCUACUGUACAGAGGGGGGAAGGUGGAUGCGGUGGAGUGCACGCUGCCGAAGGAUCUGCGUGGGCGAGACAUCCGCGGCGUUCCGGUGGAAAUGUUCAACUACUGCCUCCAACUCGAGGACGAAAAUGGAGGGGGUGGUGACGGUUCCCGUUCCGGACAAGGGGGCGUUCCUCCCUGCAGCAGGAAUGCUCUAAGCCCAAGUGGGGCAACACCGAUUUCUGACAGCAGCAAUACUGCUGAUGACUCCUCUUCAAACACAGGUGGAGGAGGAGGAGGAGGAGGAGGUGGAGAGGCCCCAGCCGAUUGUGUUCGCGCUCGUUAUCGACCGGUGAGUGUGCGCCGCGCCAUUGGCACAGUGGUGAUUGCCGGCGUGGUGUGCGGAAUCGUUUGCAUCAUGAUGGUCGCAGCGGCGGCUUACGGCUGCAUCUACGCCUCGCUGAUGGCAAAGUACCAGAGAGAGCUGAAGAAGAGGCAGCCGCUGAUGGGAGACGGGGAGGGAGACGGAGAGGACAGGGAGGAAAAACAGAUCUCCUCUGUUGCCUAGAAGAGGGAUGGGACAGAGGAGGGUCGGAGUAUCGAAGGGUGAAAGUUGGAAGGGGAAAAAACUAAAAGGGCUCGAAGGGGAGAGAGAUGGAAUGGCUUGUUUUAUGCACACAGACAAUUAUCUCCAUCUGACUCUCAAACUGACACCAUACCUCUAUUUUUUUGUUUUCCUUUCUUUGUCCGCUUUCUAUUUUUAACCUUCUCCCUAUCUAACACACUCCCUCACAUACACACACCUUAUCUGCUGUCUGAUUUUCCUCCAUUUGGAGCCAUUAUCACAGCAGUGUUUGCUAGCAAUCAUCCCUCCAAACUCACCUACCAACCACCGACUGCUGCUCUUGGCUGCUGCUUAACUUACGAUUAUAUCGACUGAACAUUGUUUCAUUUAGUCCUUUCCCUAGCCUCAAACAUUUAAUUUAAGCUGUUUCAAGACUCAUGUUGAAUGAUUCAGUCAGCAAUUAUAACACUGGAUGGAAUUUUCAGGGAUUCGCAGUCUGUAUAUGACCAAUAUUCACACGUUUGUGGGAAGAGCAGAAAAACUGUUGGGAUAAUAAGGUAAGAAUCUAGAGCCGCUUUGUUUGCCAUCUUUCUCCUCCUCAACCACUCCAAAAAGCCAAUAUUUCCUCCAAAAACCAGGCCCCAAGCCCUGAUCCCUGAUCCCUGAUCCCUCGUCUAGCCUAAAGCUCCUCUGACUUUCACUUGGACUGCAAGUGUCCAAGAAACAGCGGAAAUUAUAGUGGAAAUAUUUUUGGAUGAAAUAGAAAGCGAUGUCAUUUAAGCAGUCAGCAACUCUCUAGCAGAGAGAAUACUGGACAAACACGCGCACUAAGACUUGACAAGGAAGCUACACAUGGACAGAAAACUAUUUGGAUUGUCAAAAUGAUUCUGUCGUUCAAAUAUCUGAGGUAACAGUCAUGCUUGUUACUCUCACCUAUCUGGACCACAUCUAUUUCUCUUUGGACCUCGUCUGGACCAAUAAAAUCCUUCACACAUUCUGGAACUGUGUUUGAGAUUCUUCAUUGAACACUCUCAAACUUCUCGAAGGGAAACAGACUUUUCAAACUGGAAUUAAAACUGCUGUGUCACUUUUGCUCGGAAUACGUCUCUUGCUUACUCGAUGCUUGUUUAAUGAUUAUGAUCAGUAUCUUGGACGGAUCAAAAGCCUCUUAUCACAGCAAAAAAAAGCUAACUCAUUUUCUGGUAUUGCUUGGAUGCUUCUCGGCUGGUUCAGAAAAUGAUUCACAAUAGUUUUAAUUCAAAUGUUGAGAUUCCAAAGGACCACAGAACUUUGCUUUCUUUGUUUAGACUGAAUUCACCCCUCAUAGGUGAAUGUUUGCUACUAUGGCAUGGAAGCACUAUCUCAGAGAACCCUGUCUCCUGGCAAGGACUACAAAAAAAAAACAUCUAAGGACUACAAACUUCAGACUCCUGCACUUUAUUUCCCUUAUCAGAUCCACUCUGGCCUCCCUCCUCCCCCCCCCCCUUUCUUUCUUUCUUUCUAAAAUGGACGAUUCACCCUGAAGGAUGAUAACAAACAAGGAAUUAUAAAGAAAGACGCUGCUAUCCCCUCCUCCUCCUCAUCCCUUUAUCUCUCCAUUCGUCUUUCCAUCUAGUGCUAUUUAUGGAACGUUCUUCACGCUUCCUUAAAGACAAACACCUCCUUUCUUUCCUACCAUCCUUCCCGUCUCCUAUAAUGAUGUCUAUCCUGAAUGGUCAGCAAUAUGCAAUGGAAGAUGUGUCACCAAAACAUUGAAAAUUGUGUCACUGCCAAAGAGUCCUUCUGUUAUAAACUAAGUAGUCAUCACUUAUUAGAGAGGAAUCUGUUUGUUUGGCGCUCUUGCUAAAAAAAGAGGUUGUUUGCUUUACAUAGUGUUUUCAUACUUAUCUUUAUUUAUGCCUUGAAAUAUGUACAGACACUUUAACAAUCAGUAUUUGUGUCCUCAGUGUGAAACAAUCCAAAACACGAGGCUUUCAUUGCAUAUUGCUUCCCUACAGUAGAACUCUGAAAUAUGAAUUGGCUGGAGAGAAACUUAUAUAACUACAGUGUGUUAUCUUAUACCCGGGUAUGACGCAGAUAAUUAUGAAUAUAUUAGUCUCUAAUAUGGUGUGUUGGCCCAGAGUUUCCCAAAACGUUUUUUGACGUGACUGUUUUCAUGAUGUCUUUUGUUGUGUUGAUGAUUUUUUUUGUUGUUUUUUGUUUAAGGGUUUAAUAUCUCUGUAAUGUUUGUUUCUUUGUUGUGUUCCUUUAUUUGUAUUGAGUAGUUGGUCAAGUUCCUAGGAGAGGCAUAGAAAGAGUUUGGUCAUUGAGAUUAUGAAGAGUAAUGUUUAUACUGCCGCCCAGAAUAUCACAUUUAUCAGGGUGACAUCAUUUUGCACAGAGGCGAAAAAAGUAACCUUUAAUUAAAUAGAAUGAUUUUCCUUGAAGCAUUGAAACAAAUAAUAUUUCAUCGUGCAGUUCAUUUAAAGUAAGAAGCAGCAUUUGCAUUUAUGCAGAAUAUUUCUGCCCAUCAUUCUAGUUUUCAAGAUGUCAGACAGAACAUUUCCAUUUCCAAAUGAUGCUUUCAAAAGUGAUCCAGUUGGUUAUUAUUUCUGCAACUGUAAAACAUUAUCUUUAGUAAGAAAUGCAUAGUCCUGAAGACAUUUAGACUCAACCCAACAGAAGCAUUUAAGAGCUUUAAUAGCUCGAUUAAAUAAUGAAAAUCAUAAUGGCUAAUUCUUUGAAUGAGAUUGGACACGAGAUAAGAAAACUUGUGUUAUAAACAUCCUGACUGCCACACCUUCACAGUAAACUACUUCUUGCAUCAAAAUCAUUACAUAGGAAUAUGAUUUGUAGGACACUGUUCUGCUGGGAUUUCAUGAUGCACUUAUAGCUCAAGCUUGGCCCGUUAUAAUUAAACCCCUAAAUUCAGUGCUGAUCAAGUUUUCAAUUAAAAUAGUGUCCAGAAGCACUUCAGGGGAAAUGGUCACCUCACUCAUGAAGAACAAUUGAGAAGCAAAAAUAAAUGAGAUCUAGAUUUGAAUUAACAAUUUGAACCGUCAAGUCAUGUAUGUAGUAAACUUGAGUAAAUGUGUAUUUUCUGUGGAUGGCUAAACUCUGUCUAUGACUCCAGGAACACCGUCCCCCUCAUCUCCCUGGUCUGCAGGUCUUGUGUUGUUGGUAGCUAAGUAUCUUAGCUAGCUGAAACCUGUUCCUAUAGCCUCUGUGUGUAAAGACUAAUUAUAAUAAAUUCUAGUUUGUUAUGUAAAACUGCAGCAGCCAUGAUGACUGAGGGUCUCAAAGACUCGAUUGCCCAGAGAUCUAUGGUGUGUUGUGUUAUUGAUAUGAUGAUUGUGAUACUGACGAUGAUGAUAUGAUAAUGACGAUGAUGAUGAUGAUGAUGAAGCAUUUCUUGGUCAAUAUGCAUUGAUUUAAAUAAAAACAUAUCACACUUA